CAUGACAUCCCUGGUUAUUUGUCCUAUUGGGGUGCUGUAGAUUAUCUGCGCAUACGGGCAGCUUUUCUCUUCCCAACCACGAGAAUGCCUGAAUACCUGGUCAGGCUUGUGCAAGUGCACGAGAGCUUUCGCAAAGCGGAACUGUUGGCCCUGGCCGAGUUGGGUGGUGUUGACAUAGACUUUAUACACUAUAAAGAAGAUUCGCCUUUUGCCGUCGUCAAACUUCCAUCGGAUCUUGCUGCAAAAAAAGUGGUGUCUCGGAGCAUCCUUUCUCAGGGCGUCUACGAACUUUGGGGUCAGGGCUCGACAUACAAAGAGCUCCACGAAUCGAUAAAAGCACACUCUAGUUCAAGAUGGUCACGAUACGAAAUGGCUCCUUUCCGAUUCGUGCUUGAUGGCUACCGUGGCGCCAAAUCUCAGACGGAACAGCUUGAGAUUAUCAACUCGUUCUCCUACUUGGGUUUCAAGGGCCCCAUCCGCAUGCGUGAUGCCGAACAAACAUUCCACGUGUUCGAAGACUACGAUGACAAGGCCAAGACACCCAAAUCCCUCUAUUUCGGGCGGUUCGUUGCACUGUCUGGAAGGGAUGCCAAGACGAUUUACGAUCUUAAGAAAAGGCAUUAUAUCAGCACAACUUCUAUGGAUGCCGAGCUCGCACUCCUGACCGCCAACAUGGCACUUGCGGCCCCUGGAAAGCUAUUCUAUGAUCCAUUCAUGGGGGCAGGCGGGUUCCCACUUGCAUGUGCACACUAUGGUGCUAUAGUGUGCGGUAGUGACAUUGAUGGCAGAAGUAUCAGGGGAACUGGUGGGAGCGCCCGGAAAGGACAGACGGGGAAAAUGGAUGUGCAGGGCAACUUCAAGCAAUACAAGCUGGAAGGGCAAUACCUCGGUGCUUUGGUCUCAGAUGUCACAAACUCGCCAUUUCGGACGGUGCAGACUCAAGGGGGACCAUGCCAUGAGGGGUAUCUCGACGGCAUUGUGUGCGAUCCACCGUACGGGAUCCGCGAAGGAUUGAAAGUGCUCGGGUCCCGCGAUCAACUAAACGCAACAGAGCUCGCAACCCACCUGGAGAGGUUUCAGGAGGAGGGCUACAUUCCUCCCAAACGGGCAUACUCGUUCACGGCCAUCUUGGACGACGUGAUGGCAUUUGCGGCAACGACACUUGUAGUGGGCGGGCGGCUAAGUAUGUGGAUGCCCACGGCAAACGACGAAGACAUUGAGCUAGCCGUUCCCACGCACGGGAGCCUCGAGAUGGUAUCGAUAUGCGUGCAGCCAUUCAAUAAAUGGUCCAGGAGGCUGUUGACGUACCGCAAAGUUGCAUGUGAGCAGGCGGUGGCAGCUGGAUCGGGAGCCGCGAGAGAUCCAUAUGCAAAGGGGGUGAAGGCAGACGAACUCAACGACUUUCGGCGGAAGUAUUUCCAGGGAUUCAAGGAGCUGGAGAGGCAGCGGGGAGAAGAUGGCAUACGCGCCGCGGCUGGUGAUGGUCAAGGAGAGGAUGAUUGA